GCUGGCAGGUUGCGAUGGCGUCAUGGACGCGAGAGCCCAUUCCGCAUUUUGCGCGCUUCCGUGUCCAUGGAUCAAUACAAAACUGACAAGAUGCUGGCAAAGGCGCUGUAUGGCAAAGUCCUGCUGUGUACAGACAAGAAGACCAAGGACGUCGUUGUGAUCAAGCGCAUUCAACUCGACGCGGCCAAGAAGCGCAAAGCACUCGUCGGCGGCGUCAAAGUCGUGGAAGAUGCAGAGAUGGAAAAACGCGUGUAUCGAGCGCUGCGCGACGCAGGAGGGCAUCCCAAUGUUCUGCAAAUGUCCAAGGACUUUGUCGACGGUGGGUUUGACCACUUUGUCCUGGAACACUGCGUCCGCGGCGAAUUGUUCAUGGAACUUGAAGCUCAGCCGGACCAUCGACUCAGCGCGGCUCGCACCCAAGAAUGUUUCUCGCAGAUUGUCCACGGACUUGCCUUCAUGCACGAACAGGGAUUUGCCCACGGCGACCUGUCGCUGGAAAACGUGUUUGUGACCAAGAACGGCACGUGCAAACUCGGCGAUUUUGGACUUGCGUCCGACAUGAAAGCGCUCAAGCGCCAAUGCGCCGGCAAGUUCUUCUACAUGGCGCCUGAAAUGUACAUGGGCCUCGAGUACGAUCCCGCCGCCGCCGACGUCUGGAGCCUCGGCAUUGUGCUCUUCAUGAUGGUCACAGGAACGCCUCUCUUCGACCGUGCGACGCCCGCCGACGCUGGCUUCCGCUUCAUGAAGUCCAAAGGUCUGCGAGGCAUCUGCGACGAAUACGGCUUGAUCGUGUCGUCGGACGUAAUGGAGCUCCUGGAACAGAUGCUGCAAGUCCAACCGUGCGAUCGCUUGACUUUGGCACAAGUCCGCGACCAUAGCUUUGUCCUGGCCGCCGCCGCGGCCGAGGACAAACUCACGUCGCUCAUGCGGCAGUGCUCCAUCACGAGCGUUGUUGCAAGGGGAGCUUGAGCGCGCUUGUCGGCAUGUCAUGUUAGAACUUAGAACCUUAUCUUAUAAACUCCGCAAAUUUGUCGU